AAAACCAAACCGAGGGGGAAUUUCCGGAUGAGAUUUCCUUCCCCGCGGGGACCCUGAACACGACCCUGGUCCGGCUGCAGCCGCGGGGCCGGUACCGGCUGGAGCUGCGGGCUCGGACCCGCCUGCUGCCGGUUUUGGGGAGCGUCGGUUUUGGGGAGGUGGGCGAGGAUUUCACCGUCCUGCGCUGGACCCUCGCCCAGCCCCAGGCCAACAUCGAGUUCGAGGUGGAGUACAUGAGCAAAACCAUGCUGCCCCGCCCCGCCGGAGGUUUCGCCACCGAGGGUUGGUUCAUCGGCUUCGUCAGCGCCGCGGUUCUGCUGCUCCUCCUCAUCCUCAUCCUCUGCUUCAUCAAACGCAGCAAGGGGGGCAAGUAUUCGGUGAAGGACAAGGAGGACACGCAGGUGGACUCGGAGGCGAGGCCCAUGAAGGACGAGACUUUUGGGGAGUACCGUGACGGCGAGGAGAAGGCGUCGGGCAGCUCGGGGGGCUCGGUGUGCGCGGCGGGCGCGGCGCUGGGCAGCGAUGACAGCCUGGCCGGUUACGGCGGCAGCGCCGAUGUCCAGUUCAACGAGGACGGCUCCUUCAUCGGCCAGUACAGCGGCACCCGCGGCACGGCCGGCGGCAGCUCCGGCCCCGCCAGCCCCUCGGCCGCCGCGCCCCUCGACUGA